GGGGAGGUGGGUGGGGGUGUGGACUGAGCGAUCGCUGCUCCGCUCUCACACUCUGUAGCUGGGAGAGGAACUAGCUGCAGGUCCGGAGACCCCGGUUACGUUGUCCUUCUCCCUGUUUGCUUGUCUGCCUUGUGGGUUGGACCCUGCGCCUGUGCCAGUCCCUGUGUCCUGGUCGCCCACCUUUGCCUGGCCAUGUUUAAGUGUGGGCUCGCCUUCCCUCGCUGCCGCUGGAUCCUUCCUCUGCUGCUGCUCUUGGCCAUCAUCUUCGACAUCAUUGCCCUGGCCGCCAGCUCCGGCUGGGUGGACUCCAAGUAUCAUUAUGCCUCGCUGUGGGACCAGUACCGGGGCAGGGAACCCAACUGGGAAUCCAGCUCUCUCAUGGAGUACGGUUGGGCCAAAGCUUCUGCAGCUAUGCUGAUUAUUGGUUGUAUCCUGUUGAUCAUCUGUUUCAUCCUGUCCUUCCUGGCUCUUUGCAAACAACAAGCGGGCCUGUUGAGAGUGAUUGGUCUCAUCCUCUGCAUUGCUAUCCUGAUGCAGGUCAUUUCGCUCAUCGUUUACCCAACCAAGUUCACUGAGACUCUGAUCCAAAAUGGCGACUAUGAAUACAGCUGGAGCUAUGGCUUCGGAUGGGGCGCAACGAUCCUGAUGAUCGGCUGUAGCGUUUUCUUCUGCUGCCUUCCUAACUACGAGGACGAACUCUACGGCCAGGCCAAGCCCAUCUACAUUUACGAAGGGUGAGCCUCAGGACCGCCAGCUGCAAGGAUUUGGCUCCGAUUUGGCUCUGCUCAACUCUGGUGCCCUGCACACACACGUACAUUUGUUCUUUCAAUAUGCAAGAGGAACAGUGUGUUCUUUAUUUUUAAGUACAUGCACGUUCUAUUAUGCACAAGUACUGAAUCUAUCUAAGCUCUGUUUUUAUGUUAAAGUAGUUUUUAAGGGGUUUGCCUCUAAAUAGACUUGGCAGGUGUUGGGGAGCAAGAGGUAAGGCUGG